GCGGCGGGAGAGGAGGCGAGGCCUGUGCGAGGGAGGCUGGGCGCCGCUGCCCUAGCGGGCGGCCCCUACUAGGCGCGGCUAGCGGUCUUUUCUGCUGUGGUGGCAGCGACGACGGCGGGAGACUGGAGACGCAGGGUCGGAAAUGCGUGGUGGGCUGGGCCCGGCCUUGUGCGGCGUCCGGCAGAUACUAGAAUGUGUCCCUCCAGCUGGGCCUGAGGCGUCCGAGUCAACCGUGGAGGAAAACGAAGAUGACAUCCAGUUUGUGAGUGAGAGACCAUCACGACCUCUUCUUGAAUACAUUGAUCUGAUCUGUGGUGAUGAUAAAGAGCCUAGAACCUAUUGUAGUGAUAUUUUGUUCCCUAAGAUGCCAAAAUGACAGGGUGAUUUUUUGCAUUUUUUAAAUGCGAAGAAGUUGAAAACAGAUACAGAAAGUAGUGAUAGUAAUAAGAAGAGCUAUUGUGGGUUGUCUAAGUCAAAGGAAUUGGAUUUCAAAUGUGCUGAACAACCAAUCAUUGAAGAAAAGCCAUCAUCUUCAUCAAAGGAAAAAAUGGAUAAUCUUGUGCUUCCAGAUUGUUGGAAUGAAAAACAAGUGGUUAUGUUUGCGGAACAGUACAAAUGGCUUGAAAUAAAAGAAGUAUUAGGAUGUAAGAAUUGCUCAACAGUUUAGCGUUUGGGAUCAAAAGCAGAAGACCAUGUCCACAUGUUCAAGGAGUGGAUUGCAUAUUUGGUAACCCCUAAUGGCAAUAAUAAAACUACUAGACAAGCUUCUCUGCGAAAAAAAAUUAAGGAGCAUGAUAUUUCUAAAGCCCAUGGUAAAAUUCAGGAUUUGUUAAAGGAAUCAAUUAAUGACUCAGUUUCUAAUUUAGUGCAUAGUAAUAAAAAUAUUGAUGCUACUGUAGAAGUUGGCAAAACGGUUUAUAGUUUAGUAAAACAUAGUAGACCUUUGUCUGAUAUUGCAGAGGCAAUAGAAUUACAAGACAGAAAUGGGGUGAGAAUAGCAAAGCAUGUCGCAAAAGAAAUGAAGAUGACAAUAUUUAAGGACAUUAUAGAAGAGAAGGCCAAAAUCUGUGUUACAGUUGAUGAGGCAUCCACAGUUUCAAAGAAAAGGACCCUCAUGAUUUAUGUCCAGUGCAUAGUAUAGUCAGCUCCUGCACCAGCUACGUUGUUCAUUACUUUAAAGGAACUGGUUUCAGCCACAGUAGAAUGUAUCUUCAAUACAUUGAAGUUAUUGAGUACUUUAAGAUGUGGCUUCACUAAUGAAUAUUUGAAAGCAAAUUUAAUUGCAUUUUGUCCUGAUGGUGCUAAUACAAUGCUGGGUAGAAAGUCUGGAGUAGCCACAAAGUUGUUAGAAAAUUUUCCUGAAAGUAUUAUUUGGAACUGUUUAAACCAUCUAUUGCAUUUGUCACUUGAUGAUUGAAUAUCUGAAAUAAAACAAGUGAAUCAUUUAAAAAUAUUUCUUGAUAAAAAUUGUUCCAAUUAUCAUCCACCUAAUAAAAAUCAAAACAAGCUUUUAGGGAAUGUACCUAAAGAUCUUGAAAUUGAAGUUAUUAAAAUUGGCCAGGUAAAGGGACCAAAGUAGGCAGCUUGCAGUGUACAGCCUGCUACUGCUGCGUGGCAUGCGUAUCCUGUGUAUCUGCAUUGCUCCCUUUCGCAUUCUGGUUUGGCAAAGAGGUUAGCGAACUCCAGUUUCCUGGACUUUAAAGAUCUUGCUUUAAUGAUUGACAUUCUUGAAGAAUUUUGACUGCUUUGAACUGCAUUACAGUCAAGCUCAACUAACGUUCAGAAAGCACAAAAAUUGAUCAAAUGCACAAUAAAAACCUUGGAAAAUUUAAAAAUUGGUACUGGAAAGCAUGAAUCUCAAAUCGAAGGUUUGAUUAAAUCAGAUAAAUUUAAAGAUAUUCUGUUUAACAGAUAUCAUAAAUUUAAUGCCCUUCCUAGGAACAUGUUACUAGAAAAUAUAAUUCAACACGUGAACUUAUGUCUUUUAUCUAACAGGAAGCAUGAUUAAAGUAUUUUUAAUUAUUUUGACUUUCUAGAACCUUCUACAUGGCCUUAUGAAGAAAUAACUUCACCAUGGAUAACUGGUGAAAAAAAGUUAUUGUGUGAAAUUUUAAAAUUUGAAAUUGAUUUGAAUGAUUUUGGGGAAUUUGUAAAUAAUAAUAUAAAGUCAAACAAUGUUUCAGUUCCUAAAACCAUACAAAAAGCACCAUUGUGGUCAGUAGUGCUAAGUAGUGCUGAAGCUGAAAGAGGUUUCAAUUUAAUGAACAUAAUUUGUACAAGGGUGAGAAACAGUUUAACUAUAGGUCAUAUAUCUGAUUUAAUGACAAUAAAUUUGUUGGGAAAAGAAUUAGCUGGUUGGGAUGCAACUGCCUUUGUAAAAUCCUGGUCAAACUGCAACCACAGGUUAGCUGUAGAUAGAGUUCGGCAAGAGUCAACAAAAGCCUGCGAGAGUCAGAUGGCUCUCUGGAACUUACAAUAAAGGGUAUUGUGUUGGAAUUCCCUUGUGGUCCAGUGGUUAGGACUCGGCGCUUUCACUGCUGUGGCCUUGGUUCAAUCCCCCAUAGGAAAACUAAGAUCCUGCAAGCUGGCCAGAAAUAGGAUUGUGUAUGAUUGAUUAUUUGUAAGUUGUGUGUUCUGCACACCUUAUAUAUACAUAAAUUUUUAUUUUGAAAGUCAGUUAUUAAACUUUUAUCAGUACAUUGCUGUUUAAAGGCAUUCUCCAAAUAGAUAAAGUUGAUUGUUUUUAGGAGCAGUGGGUUUUUAGAGUUUGGCCCAUAUCUGCUAGAGUAGGCCAAAUAUGUAUUUCAUGGACUGUAUAAGAACAUCCAAUGAUUCCACUUUUGCUUUAUUUUACUUUUAGUAAGAAUAUGAAAGGGUAAUAUAACCCAGAUUACUUCUAAGCCCUGAAAGUUAUAGUAAAUAAAAGAGAAAUAGAAUAAAAACUACAAUCCUUGUGGCUUUUGUCUUUCUCAUUUCCCUAUGUGUGUUAUCAAAUAUAGUAACCACUAGCAACAUAUGCCUAUUAACAUUUGAAAUCAGUAGGGCUAAGGAAGCAAAUAUUUAAUUUUAAUUAAAUAUAAAAACGGAAAUAGUGUAAAAUAUUUUUUUGAACUCAACUUACUUGUUUUUUAAAAAAUAUAUUUUAAGAUUGUUAUCCUGCUUAAGGUGUGAUUGUUGGAGUGUGCUAAGUCUGGUAUUACAUAUAAACAUCACUGAGUUAGUGUCAUUGGAUGUAUUCAGUGUAAAUUAUUUCUUCCUUUGAAUUAAUGUAACAUAGUGUGUUUAUCUGAAUAUUUUAGGUUGACAAAAGGAAUCAGUGAUUACUUUUGUAAAUCAGAAUUGGUGAUUAAAAUAAGGUGCUUAAUUAUUUUUCUAUUUUAGACAUGAAUAUGAACAAUUUUGAGUUUAAAAUGAAGGCAUAAUGAAAAAGAACAAGUAGAGCUGCAGAAGCUAGUACUGCACCUAGGACAGUAAACAGAAGGACUGGAGGAAGGUAUGUGGCAUCGUCACAAUGAAUGAUGAUUGCAGUUUGUUACAGCAGAGAAAAACAAGCUAUAAUUUAACAAAAAAAUAAGACAGUAAAGUCGACAAUAUUGAGACAGUUCCAGCAAAUGCAUAAUGAAUGAAUGAAUGAAGUUACCUUUCAAAGGUCAAAAAAGAAUUGAGAUUUAGGCACCUGAAAUCUCAGUGAAAUUUCUAACAAAAUUUUUUUAAAGGAUUGAGUAUGUUAAAUUUGGCCAGAUAUGAAACAGCUUGAAUUCUUGCAUGAAAAAGAACUAGCUUUACAUAGAUAGAUAGCAAUAUUAAUUAUUUCAGUUAUAGAAAUUGUUAGAAAUUUAUGAGUUAAAACCUAAAAAUAUCUUUUGAAAAAAAGUACGGUCUUUAGUUGUCACCAAACGUUGCUUGUGGAAUACAGAAAUUUAUAACAGUAUUAAAGAUUAAUUGAUUCAAAAGCUGAAAAAUUGCAAGUACUUUUCUUUAGCUUUAGAUGAGUUGCUGUCCAAGGAACACUUGGAGUACCUUUUGUCUCAUCAGACUUAAAAGCUUAUGAAGAAAUAACUUCAGUUCAUGGCCUGAGAAAUCAAAUGUGUAUAGCUAUAUUUUAAUUAUCAAAAGAGUUUCAGCUAGAUGAGAAAAAAAAAAAAAGACUUUUUGUCACAGUAACUGGUGUUCCAGCUAGGUUAGGUCAAUGUCAGAUUUCACUGGGAUUUUUCAAUGAGUCUGGUGUUUCCCUUAUUUCUUUGUUCCACUGUUUGAUACAGUUUGAAAGUAUUUGGGCUCAGUUUUCUGAAAUGGUUUCUCUGAGAGAUGUCAUGAGUACAGUUGUUAGGUGUUAAGUGCUAUGAAUCAAUGUCAGCUUACAGGAGGAUUGCUGAACAAAUUAAAAGACAGUAAAUUUAGUGAUCUCUGCCAGUUGGUUGAACUGUGAAAGAAACUUAUUCUACAAUUAACACCAGUUCAAGAUUUUCCUGCAACAACAGAAAUGCUAACCAAAUACUUAAUUAGUAAUUAAAGAAAAUGGCAGUUUUGUGCCCAGUAUUACAUAGCUUAUGAAUGAUCUAAAUUUGAAACUCCAAAUAUGGGGAAAAGCCCAUUUGUGCUACCUAGACAAGUACUAGAAUUUAUUUUGAAAUUGAAACUUUAAAAAUCAGGUAACUUUACAUGUAUUUCUAAUAUGAAUCAGUAUAUGUCAGAUUUUCACUUUGACAGUUAUGUAAAUUUACUGUGAAAACUACAAGAAAAAAAUUUUAAUGUUAUUUUUUUAUCAAUUUAGAGUUGCUUUUCAAUUAUCCCAGUUACACUGAAUUCAGUAUUAAUGAUACUGAAUUGACAUAAGAUUUAUUGAAUUUACUUAAUUUGGACAAAUGUAGUUUCCAAAGUGAUGUGCUUUUGCUCUGAAGGCAAAUCAAUUCUUUUAAAAAAGAUGAACAGGAUUUUUUCAGUGUGGAUUUAAAAAAUAAAAAUAUUUUCUUUAA